AUGGUCGCCAACGGCUAUCGCCUUCCCUCAUACAUGGAGGCUUCUGACGACGUCUACGUCCCCGGAGAGCUCCCGGCUGAUGUGGAGGAGUCCCUUGCAUCUCGACCCCAGACGAUGGACGCGCGCGACUUCUCGACUGCGGGGGCGUCGCUUGGCGGCCCGCGACCCGUCAUCGUUGAUGAGCAGGGUCGCAGAAGAAGGGGCAAUGUUCGCGGGGAAGAAGGUUGGGUCGAGACCCCUCAGGCCAAGGGUCCACCUCCCGGAGGGAAGUACCCCGUUCUCGCUAUUGAUUGUGAAAUGUGCUUGAGUGAGGAUGGCCAGGAGCUUGCCCGUGUCUCAAUCGUGGAUCUGGAGGGGAAGGUUGUUUUCGACGAACUCGUCACCCCUCCUAAGCCUGUGACGGACCACCUGACUCAGUUCAGUGGUAUCACUCCCGAGCGUCUGGCUACCGCUACGCACACACUGGAGACUGUCCAGGAAGCUCUCAUCACUGGCGACGACCCCUUGAUAACUCCGCAUACCAUUCUUUUGGGUCACUCCCUGGACUGCGAUCUUGCUGCGCUCAAGAUCCGUCACCCUCUUGUCAUUGACACUACCGUCAUCUUCCGCCACGCCAGGGGACCACCAUACAAACCUGGUCUCAAGUGGCUUGCGCAACGUUGGUUGGGCAAGACUAUUCAGAAUGACUCUGGCGGCCACGAUUCUGAAGAAGAUGCUAGGACCUGCGUCGACCUCUUGAAGAUGAAGCUUGCUCAUGAGUCCAUCUUUGCCCGACUUAGCCGCUACUCGCCCAACCCAAAGGGACAUAAGCGGACUUCUCUGGUGGCAGACUACGGCAACCCCCGCUCUUGGUUUGGCGCGAGCGCGACUGAUGUCGUGGCGUGCAAGACCGACGAUGAAGUGACCGAUGCGGUUGUAUCGGGUGUCGCGAAGUACGACUACACGUUUGCUCGCCUCACGGAGCUCAGCCAGGUUCAAAAUUGGAACUCCCAGAACGGAGAGAAUGACGACAGCGAUGCCGCCGAGGAAGAUGUUGAAGCCGCUUUGAAGCGUUUCGAUGAGCGUCUCAAUCGCAUCCAUGCCGCUCUGCCUGACAACUCAGCCCUCAUCUUGCUUACAGGUCACAGUGACCCCCGCCCUAUGUUGCAGCUCGCCUCUCGUCGCCAGAAGUGGGAGAAAAGCUACCGUGAGAAGGGACCGGAGGGAGAGCACGACGUCCAGUGGACGACCGAGGACGACCGCGCGCUGGAGGUGGAGGUCGGCAAGACGAGGGAGGGGAUGGGAUUCUUUUGUGUUAAGAAGCUUUCAAGCUAG